AAAAAUCGCUUUACUCACUGCAUGGGGGUGAGGGGCAGCUAAUUCUCACCCACCCACUGGGGGUCAGACACCAAACCCACAACAGAAUCUUUAAAAACCCCACAUGAUUUGGGGGAUCAUUUCCCUGAUUUUUGGCGGCUGACUCAGGAGUUUUGACCCGUCCAGACGCUCUGCCGCCGGAAAUGGAGUGGGACUGGUGGAAGAGGCUGUGGUCGUAUACGAAGGCGAACGUGACUCUGGAUCCAGACACGGCCCAUCCCAUCCUCGUCGUGUCUGAGGACGGGAAAAGUGUGAGACGAGUAGACGCGUUGCAGGACCUGCCUGACACGCUGGAGAGAUUCGACACAAGUCACUGCGUGCUGGGCUCUGAGGGGUUCACCUCGGGGCGACAUUACUGGGAGGUGGAAGUGGGGAAUGGGAAGUACUGGGGUGUGGGGUUGGCCAGAGAGUCUGUGAGGAGGAAGGGACGGAUCAGCCCUAGCCCUGAGGAAGGGAUCUGGGCUAUGGGGAUACAGGGGUCUAAGGGGCAGUUUAAUGUGUACCAUGGUUUCUCCACCCCCGGCAUCCGUUUGAUCUCGAGUGAGACCGUACAGAGGGUAGGGGUUUCCCUAUAUUAUGAAGCGGGGGAGGUGGCAUUUUUGGAUGCUGAUUGGAAGUCCCUGUUGUUCUGCUUCCCUCUGAUACCUUUCCAUGGGGAGAGGAUCCUCCCUUACUUCUGGGUGCGAGGAUCCCCGCUCAGACUGUGUUCCUGAGACAAGGGGGUGGGGAGACAGAGAGUGUCCCCCUGGGAAUGAGAAAAUGGGUUUCUCCAGCCUCCAACAUCCCAACCCCCAUGGCCCUGGAGGGCUCCCAUCUCUCCGAGCCCCUGGACCUCUCCUCUCCCCGAAAGAGCAAUGCUCAGCGUGCCCAUAAAGAGCCGGCUGGGAGCUGGCCAGAGAAUCUCAUCACAGCGGGUGUCCCCUGGCCCGUUUCCCACUGCACUCGGUGCCUCUGGAGGCUGCCCAGGCUUGGAACCAGCACCCCUGUCGGUCCAGCGCCGCCCAGGAGCGGCCACACCCGGCACGGGGCCCCCCUUAAAUCUUUGGGCCACGGAGCCCCUGGCUGGGUGACUUCUGUGGGGGAGGAGUUUGGGGGUUGGAGGUGGAGUUUUGGCAGGGGCUGCUGGAGGGGCAGCUGCUGGGUUUGUGUGAUGGGAUUUUCCGAUGCACCCAAAUCCCCUUGUAAUUCCCUGCGUGGGGUCCCUCCCUGUGGCUCCGUUGGAAAUCCCAGCUGGGCAGUGUGAGCUCUUCUCCGCGUUCAGAGCAAGCUGGAUAAAGAUCCUUGGGUUUUAUGUCAUUGGCGGCGCUCGUUAACCUCCUGCUCGCUCACCGAACCCUCCUUGCCAAAGCGGGUCGGCUUUGUGGGACUGGAUGGCCACGGUUUAGCCGAUGCCUUUUCAGUGGCAACGGGUCGUUUUGCCUGGCUACUAACCACCCCACGGCAUCUCCAGGGGAAGAAGGGGGCUUGGUUCUUAGUCACACAGAUGCCUCUGCCGCCAGUCAGGCAGCGCAAAAAGGCCUUUUCUGCAUUACUGUGUGUGUCACCGUAGCGUGUAGGAGUCCUAGUUAGGGACCGGGACCCGUUGUGCUAGGAGCUGCACAAAUGCAGCAAGAAAAGAUGUCCCUGCACCUGGCAGCUUCUGGUGCAAGAGAAACGACCAGAGCUGGAGACAGACAGACGGAGGGGGAAGGGGACAUUUCUCACACCACAAACCCCCUCCCCCAAUAUCUAUAAUGCACCCCAGCGUCAAACACUCUGCCGCCAGCUCCGUGCUCCUGGACGCUCUGCUGUGCUCCUGGGUAGGCUUGGCUAACGGCAAGUUUGUUUGUUUUUUAUAGACUAUUUUGACAGAGAAGAGCAACAUUCAUUUUUAAGCCAUUUUCUAUUUGAUCUGUUUACAUGUUCGGUGUUUUGCACACUUGUGGGGUUCGAGCAUUGUCAGCUUUUCUCUAGGGCAGCGUUCCCGGGGGAGGGCUGGUCAGACCAUCGCUGUUUCCGGAGAGAUGCUGACAGGUGAAAAAGUGGAAGCUGUAAAACCCUCAGACACAAUUGUACGUUCUGUGCUGGGCUGUUGACAAAGUGAAUUGUUUUUAAAAUCUAACUUUUAACUUCUCA